GCACAAUCUGCGCUUUUUUUAACGCACGCGCUCUGCAAUGCGUGUGGGCGCGGGCGGUGCGUCGGGAGCGGGGACACGCGGCGCGGGCGCUCAGUUUGAUGCGGACUGCCGGAGCGGAGCGACUCGCGGCCAAAUGACUCCCGGAUGAGACCUUCAUCCUCCACCAGAUGAGACGCAGAGACCUCCAUCCAACAUGAAGAUUUCUGUGUGUGUGGUCAUAUCGCGUCAUGCUUAGGAUGCAGUAGUACGAGCACGAUGGUGUCCAACAUGUCUGAGGAUGUGAUAAACUGCAACAUCAGCCAUGAAAUCCAUCAGUACCUCUUCUCCUGUGUCUACAUCCUGGUGUUGUUGGUUGGUGUUCCGGCCAACAUGUACUCUCUGUACCACGCUGCUCUACAGCUGAAGCAGAAGAACGAGCUGGGGGUGUAUUUGCUGAACCUCACCGUGUCGGAUCUGUUGUACCAAGCUUCUUUACCGCUGUGGCUGCAGUACAUCUUUCAGGGCGAUAACUGGAGUCACAGAGAAUGGUUGUGCCAGCUCUGUGGUUUCCUGCUCUAUGAGAACAUUUACAUCAGCAUCGGCUUUCUGUGCUGCAUCAGUCUCGACCGCUACCUGGCUGUGGUCCAUCCUCUGAGGUUCACCUCUCUCCGCUCUAUGAGAGCUGCUUGGCUCGUCAGCGCCCUCAUCUGGCUGAAGGAGAUAGCAGUCGGUGUCGUUUUCUUCCACCAUAAAGAGCUGAGCCGAGAUGGCAAUAACCAGUCGGUGUGCUUCGAGCACUACCCCAUGCAGCCAUGGGAAUACCCGAUCAACUAUUACCGCUUCUUUGUAGGCUUCAUAUUCCCGCUGGCCAUCCUUUCGAUCAGCUACCUGUGCGUUCUUCGAGCGGUGGGUCGGAGCGCGGGGACGCAGCCGGACCAGAAGAUGAGGAUCAGACAGUUAGUCAGCAGUACCAUCCUCAUCUUCCUCGUCUGCUUCUCCCCCUACCACAUCUUCCUGCUGAUUCGCACCAUGCUGGAGCGGGACUGCACCUUCAUAGAAAGAAUAUUUAACUACUACCACCUGUCGCUGCUGCUCACCACCCUGAACUGCGUGGCCGACCCGGCGCUCUACUGCUUCGUCAGCGAGAGCGCCCGCCGCGGCCUGUACAGAGCCUUCAUCCGCCCCGUUGCCAGGAUGCUCUGCUGCUGCUGUCGCCGUGGCAACGCCAGCCCCAGCAACCCGGCCAACGACUCUCACGAGGUGGCCACCGACGAGAACAACGCCCACCCGACGGUGACGCUGCUCACGCACACGAGCACGCACAACGUGAACUCAGACGCUGCCUCCAAAAACACGACUGUAAUCACGCAGACUGGCAGGAAAACGGUCAUCCCGUUAAUCGCACAAAACAACAAACACAAGUCCAGCUGUUUGACAGCUGUGGAGGAGCAGCGGCAAACGACGGAGAGGACUGACGUGGCCGAGACGAACGCCUGCUGAAGGUCUCAGGACCAGACAGGAACCUCAGACAAGUGACAGAAAAUACACAAAACGCGAACAAACUGACAGCAAACGUGGCAGCAACGCUCCCCUCGAGCAGCGUUUACAUGAUUAGUGUUCAUUAUGAGGACAACUUGAAGCUGAUACGGAAACUGUUCACAUUUCCGGUUUGUACGCGCGGGAGCAGGAAGAAAGAUGACGAUGCAACAGGAAGUUAGCGCCAGAAACAAACUCGUGGUACCUUUAAUAAAAACCUAAGUGCUUACGAUUAUGGUUCAUGAAUCCCAAACUAACGUGUUGUUAUGGUGGCUGUGAGGUGACAAACAAAACAACAAAAUCAAUAUUUUUAGAAAAGGCAAGAGAGAAAACAAAACUGCAAACUGUCUGAAGGAAAAGUGGCAUUUUCAGGAAACAUGUUUAUUUAUUGUUUUGGGUUUUUUUUUAUUUAAAUGAAAUGCCAAUGUUUUGUGUGUUUUCUCUUAUUUUCUGAUUUGUUGCUGUAAUUAAAUUUUGGUUCUUUUGUUAUGUUUCGUACCUCAGCUUCUCUGAACUUUGUUGGUCAGUUAUAAAUCAUUAAUAAUGGGAUGAUGUGCUACAUUUCUGUCCAUGUGAACACAGAAACAACCUCAUAGGCAUGCAAGGAAACCCUUAUUUUUUAUGGAUGCAACCACAUUGGAAAAAUGUUUACAAAUAAAUGUUGAGCUGCACAUAAAGCUCUAAAACUUUUAACUUCAUAUUCAUCCUACACUCCCCACCCACAUCAUCAAGUCCACCAACUAGUAAUGGGUUGGACCCCUUUUUCCUCCAGAACUGCCUUCAUUUUUGGUGUGAUAGAUGGA